UUUGUAGCCAAUAAGCGAAAUUCAAAUAAAGUGAAAAUAAAAACCCUAGCAGCCCCAUUCAUUACUUUCCCUCUCUAAAAAAAACCUCACUUUCUCUAUGCUCUGUUUCUUCAUUUAGGUUUUCAUUUCCAUUUUCAAUCUUCAAUGUUGAAUUGAGGUUCUUGAUUGAAAUCGGAGCUUUACGGUGAAAGAACAACGAUGGGGAAAGUGGCAUCGAAGGAGAAAAGGAGAGGGAGGAGAAAUUUGAGGAGUUCUGGGAAGUAUUUGAAACCUGGAACUCUUGCUCAGCUUCGGUGUAACAGGUCUUUAGGUUUGGGAUCUGGAUCUGCUGUUGGUAGGGUUUGUAAUGAUAUUGGGAAGAAAAGAGUCGAGGUUUUGAAUUUGGAGAAGAGUGAGGGGGAUAAUGAGGGUAAGGUGUUUGAUAAAAGUCCUCUCAUGCUUUCCCCGGUGAAUUUGGUUAAAAAAGAGAGUCGUUUGAUUGGGACACCGAAAACCCCGAGGAUUGAAGAGUGUCAGUCAGAAUCGAGACUUGAGUCUCUUCCAAUUGAUUUAUUGGUUAAAAUAUUAUGCCUCCUGCACCAUGACCAACUGAGAGCUGUUUUCCAUGUUUCUCAAAGAAUUAGAAAAGCAGUAAUUGUUGCAAGGCAGUUUCACUUCAAUUAUACCACCCCAGAUCGCUCUCGGCAAGAGAUGUUAUGCACAAUGACUCCCCGUCCUUCUGAGCAUUGGCCUUUUCUGUGCAGGGGUGAUGGGAAGGGAGUAAGGAUUCCCAUACCACAAACACCUAAAGCACCUCGUCAGGGGCCUCGACCUCCUUCUCGCCUUAGAGUUUCUGAGAUGCGACAGGUUACAGCUGUUCUUUUCAAGGAAUCGGCUUUCCCUUCUCGUUGCCUGGUGCCAUCAGUUAUAUCAAAGCCCCAAUGCAAAUCAGUGGCUUCUAAUAGAGUUCUCUUCUGUGAAGAUGAACUAUGUAAGGCAGUUGCUCAGAAUAAACUUCUCUGAAGUGAUUCUGUUUAAUCUAUUCCCUUCACUUUGUAUAGUUCUUUUUUUGGUCUCUCUAGUGAAUGCUAGAAUAGUUAGUAUGCGAUUUUGCAGUCUGUGUUGGGGCAGUUUAGCUGGUGUGGAUAUUCCUGAUGUCCAAAUAGGUGUUGAGGGUUAGCGAUGGUUGUUGAAAUAAUAUUAUUAUAAAUUACUUGUAUAUUUUUGUUUUUCCGAGACAAUUUGUGAGUUUAUUUUCAAGAGACAAUUUGUGAGUUUAUUUCCAGAAACAAUUGAAGAUCUUCUUCAUUAGUAUUGAA